GACCUGCCGAGCAGCAACCAGCAACGACAUCCAAACCGCAAACACCACCUCUCUCGCAAGAUCCAUCACCAGUUCCCAUACUGAAAUGCGCAGACUGGACGCACCGUUCUCAUGCCUGCGUAUUUCUUCCACAUCACCCUUGAGAUCCACUCGCCUACCUUCGCUGUAGGGUCCAACACCGACAUCUUCCGUUCCAACCUCCCCGGUCACUCUAAGAACGCCUCUGACGCUCCAUCUGAGUCCUCCGGCGCGAAACCAGUCGAUUCUUCAUCUCCCUCUGCAUAUCAUAGAAAGGGUUCUGGGCCGGCAGAAUCCAGUACCCUCGUGCCCUUUCCUCAAUCCCCCGUGAGAAAAACAUAUCGUGGAGCAAGCAAUUCCGCAGCCCAGGAUUGGAGGUACGACUGCAUCACAAUUCAAAGCAUCGAUAUGCCUGGUGCUGGGGACGCGAAAAGUCGGUCUGGUUCGAAGUCGCAGAAGCAACCAUCUCGGACACCCAACGCUGGGGGUUUGGCUACAAAGGGGAGCUUCAUACCUCUAAAUGUAAAGGACACGGAUGUGGGGUGGGGAGUGGUUCACUUGUAUCGGGAUGGACAGGAAACACCCGGGCUCUAUGACGAUGUGCGAGCGUCGGCGAAGGACUUCAAAGAGGAGGAUUGCACGACGCUGUGUAUCCUUGCGGUUCCGUCGUAUAUGACGCCGGCGGAUUUUCUGGGCUUUGUGGGGGAGCAGACGAGGGAGGAUGUCAGCCAUUUCCGACUUAUCAAGACGAGCAGGGCGAACAAGUACAUGGUGUUGAUGAAGUUUCGGAAGGCGAAGAAGGCGCGGCAGUGGAGGAAGGAGUGGAAUGGGAGGGCUUUCAAUAGCAUGGAGUCAGAGUACUGCCAUGUCGUUUUCGUCAAAUCGAUCAACUUCCAGACGACAGACCCCAAGUCCGACACAUCGAGCUACCCCGAUCUGACCAACGACCCAUUUACUCCAGCCCCCCGCAACCAACCCACCGCUCCGGCCCCCACAGGCGCCUCGCCGGUGGAGUCCUCAUUGGCAUCCUCACUGACCACCAAACCUCUCGCACCGCCCACCCCUUCUCUCGUUGAACUCCCCACCUGCCCCGUGUGCCUCGAGCGCAUGGACGAAACCACCGGCCUCCUCACCAUCCUCUGCCAACACGUCUUCCACUGCGCCUGCCUCGAGAAAUGGCGCGGCAGCGGCUGCCCCGUCUGCCGCUACACUCAGCACGACGCCUUUGGCGCCCGCGCCGGCGAGUCCUGGGACCCUGAGAAAGAGAAGCUAUGUAGCGUCUGCGCCUCGACGGAGAACCUGUGGAUCUGCCUCAUCUGCGGCAACAUCGGGUGCGGCCGGUACGACUCCGCUCACGCGUUUGCGCACUACGAGGAGACGGGGCAUUCGUUCGCCAUGGACAUUGUGACGCAGCAUAUCUGGGACUAUGCGGGGGAUGGGUACGUGCACCGGAUCCUGCAGCAUCAGGCGGAUGGGAAGCUGGUCGAUCUACCGGCUUCGAAUUCCACCCUGAGGGACAUGGAUGGUGCGGCGGUGACGGGGGCCGAGAGUGUGCCGCGGGAGAAGCUGGAUAAUAUGGGCAUGGAGUAUGCGCAUCUCUUGACGAGCCAGUUGGAGUCUCAGCGCAUGUAUUUUGAGGAGCAGGUGCAGAGGGCGGUGGAUAAGGCGGCCAAGGCGGUGGCGGCGGCGGAGAGCGCGGAAAGGAAAGUGGGAGGGUUGGAGAAGGAGUUGGCGGAGCUGAAGAGGAGGCACGAAGAGGCGACGCAGCAGAUGCGGACGCUGGAGAAGGAGUCGGCGAGGCAGGAGAAGAAGGCUGCGCAGGCGGCGGAGCUGGCGCGACGGUUGACGAAGCAGGUGCAGGAGGAGAGGGUGGUGAAUGAGAGUUUGAUGACGCGGAUCCGGUUCCUGGAGGGCCGGAAGGACGAGGUGGAGAGGGAGAAUGAGGGGUUGAGGAGGGAGAAGGGGGAGCUCGAGGAGCAGAAUCGGGAUUUGAGUUUUUUCAUUAGUGGGCGGGAGAGGUUGAGGGAGAUGCAGGGGGAUGGGGGGUUGGGGCUUGAGGAGGAGGAGGUUAAGGGGGCGUAUUUGGAGGUUGGGGAGCGGGGGGAGGGGGUGAAGGGGAGGAGGAGGGGGAAGGGGAAGGGGAGGAAGUAG